UAAUAUUACUAAUACAUAUUCACAGUGUUGCAGAAAAAAAUAGUACAAAAAAUUUGCUUGCUUUUGUAUAGACACUUAAAACCUGUUACAAUUUGUAUAAACCAUCACAUUGUAUGGUGUUGUCAUGGAAUUAAAGGUCUGGGUAGACGGUAUACAACGUGUGGUAUGCGGAAUAAAUGAACAAACCACUGUACAAGAGGUUGUGAUUGCCCUAGCUCAAGCUACAGGGCGCACUGGUCGUUACACACUUGUUGAGCAAUGGAGAGGCACAGAAAAAAUGCUACCUCCAACAGAAAGACCCUUACAGGUUUUAUCGAAUUUUGGCGACCGCAGUCCCAGUGUUCAGUUUAUUUUACGACGAACCGGCGCGAGCAGUGUUUCCAGUCAUAACGAUGAUGAAAGUGUUGUCACGCCUGAACGCACAGGAUACAGGCAAAGCCUCCCACCCCAAAUGAAACAUCGGCAAAAAAAUGAUGCUGUUUUAAAUAGAAAAGAACCGAAACGAAAAUCCCUAACAAUAAUAGGUUCAGCCAACUCAAGUGACUCAAUCCAAAAGCCCAGAGUUGGAGAAAAUAAAUUUAAAUUUCCCGAAGUCGAAAUAAAAAAGCCUGUAUUGAACGUAGUCUCAAAUAACAACAAUAACAAUACUGCUACAAAGAAAAAGCCACUAAUGCCACCUUCGUUCCGAAUGGAAGGCCUGCCAUCAAAAAAGGAACCUUUUACACCACCCCCUAGCAGCGCCGCUCAAGGGGAUGUGCAAAAGUCACCGGCUAAGUCAAGACCAGAUUUAUCCUACAGUGCGAAGAAAAAAGCGUUAAUACCGCCUGCUUUUCGAAAAGACGAUAUGGGCCCAUUACAAGGGGCUAACAGUCCGCCCAUGCUGCCUGGGCAGAGAACAAGUACUAGCAGUAAUAACACCUUAACUGGGACUCUACAAAAGCCUCGAAAAUGGUCAGAGUCGAAAACAAUAGCAGUACCAGUCAACUCCCCUCCCCCAGUUAAAGUAAAAACACCAGACAUAGAAAGAGCUCGCUCGGAUUUCACGAAUCUCGUACUUGAACAGAAUGGGCAUAUUAAAGAGCAAACCACUACUCUUAACUCGCUUUCUAAUGAACUGGAAAAAUUUCAAGAAACUUUGGAAAAAAAAGAUAAAACCUCACUGCAGACUAAGAGAGAAAUUGAAGAAUUGGAAAAACAAAUAGAAAGAAAUGAAUCCGAUUUGUUCAGCGAAAAAUUACUCGAAGGUUUAUUGGAUGAAGAAAAAGACAAAGGUGUACUCUUAAGAAAGCAGAGCGAAAAUUACCAAACAGAAAUUGACACAAUGAAUUCUAGCAUAAGGGAAUUGGAAGAGAAAUUUAAAUUCCUCAAUGAGGAAAUUGUUCAAGCCACAAAAGAAAAAACCCUUAAAGCAAAGUCCGCAGCCGCGGUGUUCAGAAAUAAAGAAAUGAAUAACAACAUACACCAAAUAAAUGGGGACCUCAGAAAAAUCGCUGUCGAGUUAAAAAAGGUCCAAACUGGAUUGCGCAAUACAGAAGAAGCAAAUGAGAUGAAAAUGAUGCAACUGGAAACACUGAACAGAGAACUGCGUCAAGUUAACCUUCAGCAGUUUAUUCGGCAAACAGGGUCAAAGGUUACAGUGUUGCCCUCUGACUCCGAAAAAGGUGGUAGUCGAAGCAAUGUAAAUGAGUUCCCACUCCCACCCCUGGAGUUUGAAACCCAGAUUCCGACACACCCCGCUCCAGGGCUACCUUCUGGGGAUUCCGGAGGUGUAUGGGUGUAGUGUUGACCAGAACAGUGUUUCCAGGUGUUUUUCAAAUCCGUCCAAUGCUUAACUGCAGCAAGGUGUUUCAAGCAUGCACUUAACCAAGUUGGGAAAUCAAAAAAGUUUGCGCAACACUGGACACCACGCACUGUGCAUAUGACACCAACUCUGCUUUGGAAAUGCUCUGUCUAUUUUUUUGCCAUAAUCACACACACUGCCAUACCUAUUACCAGUGAUGCACAACACAUUUUUCUAUAAAAAAAAUUGCUGUAAAAUGUGUUUUUUUUGUAAAUCACCCGUUAAAAGUUGUUGUAAGCUUAAAAGAGCGACCAGAAGCGUAUUAACAUAUGCAUAUAGCAUAGAUAUUGUACAGGAGUGCUUCUCAACCCCAGGGCCCCCCUUUGAUUUAGGUCGCCUACUACAGCGGCUCACAAUACAUUUAAUUUAUAUUAUAAAACGUAAAUUUAACCAAAAUUUUGGUUCAAAAUUGGGUUGCCGAAAAAUUAU